UAUGAGUAUGCCGUUCCGACGUACGUACGUACAUCAUAGGUUUUAUGGUUACUAGGUCUACUAACUGAACCUGAAGACUAGCUGAAAUCAGGAGUAAAAUGGCAACGGACGAAUUACCUACGGAGUACGAUGAUAUUGUCAUCGGAACUGGUGUGCAAGAAAGCAUUGUGGCAGCAGCUUUGGCAAGGAAUGGUCAUAAAGUACUGCAUGUAGACAGGAAUGAUUUUUACAGUGGAGAAUGGGCUUCCUUUCAUCUGAAGGGCAUGCUGGAUUGGAUAAAAAGAAAUCAGUCUACAGAUGUUGAUAAAGAUGAGGUGAAUGAACAAGAAGCAGAUGUGGAAGAUGGACUUGUUAUUGUACCUUUACCUACACCUCAUAGGACUGCUACCAACAUAGAAGUAGAAAUUCAUGUAAAGAAAGAGGUUGACGAGGUAGGCGGACCUGAUCCAGCCAUAAAUCUUGAUUCCAAGACUGUGGAAAGUGAAGCCCCUCAUUUGCCAGGUUCAUCCAUCAUCUCAGGGGCUGCCCCUCAUGAUGGGGAGGAAGAGACAAAGACCUCAUCUCAUGAUGGUGAGGAAGAGACAAAGACCUCAUCUCAAGAUGGUGAGGAAGAGACAAAGACCUCAUCUCAUGAUGGCGAGGAAGAGACAAAGACCUCAUCUCAAGAUGGUGAGGAAGAGACAAACACCUCAUCUCAAGAUGUCAUCAAUACAGAUAACUCUAAUGAUGAUUCAUUAGAAAUGGUACAGAACCAGUCUCCAACAACCCUACCAAAAGAUGAAUCCGCUAAUGAAGUAAGAACUGCAGAUCAACCAAGUACACAUCAUGGAAAUGUAUCUACAAAAGAAAAACAAAGAGAUUGGACAUGGGAAGAAAUCAUGAAGAAUUGGAGGAAAUUUAACAUUGAUCUUGCUCCUAAGUUAAUGUUUUGUAGAGGUGCCAUGGUGGAGCUUCUUGUUUCGUCUCGGAUUAGCCGUUAUGCAGAGUUCAAGGCAGUAACUCGUAUCCUUACCCAUAUCAGUGGUAGAUUGGAACAGGUACCGUGUUCCCGGGCAGAUGUUUUCAGUAGCCGCUAUGUCUCUAUGCUGGAGAAGAGAAUGUUAAUGAAACUUAUAGAAUUUGGUCUUGAUCAUGAGAACAGGCAAGAUGAGUAUAGAGAUUACAUGGACAAGCCCUUUGCAGACUUUCUCCAAUCUCGCAAGCUGAGUCCAACUCUUCAACACUUUGUGAUACAUUCCAUUGCCAUGACUAGUGCAAACACACCAACUCACAAGGCACUUCAAGCUAUGAAGUAUUUCCUAAGUUCAUUAGGUCGCUAUGGCAAUACAGCUUUCUUGUGGACACUGUAUGGCAGUGGAGAACUUCCCCAGUGCUUUUGCAGAAUGUGUGCAGUCUUUGGUGGCAUUUAUGUUCUUCGGACCAGCAUUAGCAGUAUGAUAACAGACUCUGAAAACAACAUUAGAGGCAUCAUUGACUCUGAGGGGAAGAGACUAAAGUGCAGAAAUCUCAUUCUGGAACACAGCUAUGCAUAUGGCGAGUCAAAGCCAUAUAAAGCCAGUUACCUGUCUAGAGGAAUAUUAAUCACUGACAGAUCUAUCAAGCAAUCAACAACUGAGCAGAUCACAUUUCUCACGAUACCACCAUGUGAUGACAGAGACCAACCUGUUCAUGUGAUUGAAGUAGGGUAUGCAGCGUGUGCAGCCCCACCCAACCUAUAUAUUGUGCACCUGACUGCUAAAGCCAACAGCAAGGGUGUGUCAGCCAAGGAUGACUUACAGCAUACAGUACAAACGUUCUUCCAAGUAGCAUCGAAGGAUUGUAAACCUACUGAGCCGGAUACUGAUCAACCUCACAUCCUCUGGUCAGUCUAUUUCUCUCAAGAAGAUGUCACUGACAUUGAAGAUGAUGUUCUCAAAGGCACGUUACCUGGCAAUGUACAUGUAACCUCUGGAGCAGGAGGAUCAAUUGGAUUUGAUCAUGCUGUAUCACAGGCAAAGAAGAUCUUUGAAAAGCUGUGUCCUGGAGAGGAGUUUCUUCCUCCUGCUCCUGAUCCAGAAGAUCUAGUAUUUGAAGACUCUGCCAAUGAAAACACAUCCCAGGCUGGUUUUGACAGCAACGGUGUAGCUAUAGAGGAGAAGGAGACAGUCACACCAGAAGAAGAGAAGGAGACAGUCACACCAGAAGGGGGGAAGGAGACAGUCAAAACAGAAGAAGAAGAGAAGGAGACAGUUACACCAGAAGGGGGGAAGGAGACAGUCACACCAGAAGAAGAGAAGGAGACAGUCAUACCAGAAGAAGAGAAGGAGACAGUCAUACCAGACGGGGGGAAGGAGACAGUCACACCAGAAGAAGAGAAGGAGACAGUCACACCAGAAGAAGAGAAGGAGACAGUCACACCAGAAGAAGAGAAGGAGACAGUCACAACAGAAGAAGAGGAGGAAACAGGGAAGGAGACAGCAUUGUCAGAAGAAAUAUCUUGAGACUCUUUUGCUAGUCAGAAAGCAUCAAAGACAGCAAGGAAGAAAAGAAGGAAAUCUGUUUCCAGCUUUUAUAUUAAUGAUGCAAACAGGGAUGUUCAGCAAUAGCUGUGGAAUAGAUAAGAGGUGUAAUCUUAAAAAAGAAAACUACCAUCAUGUAACCCUGAUGCUUAUAUUUUAUUACGCUCAUAUUGAUCCAUGAAUUGUUACAGCAUUUAACUAUAAUAACAUUAUUGUAAUUUGAUGAUAUUUUAUGGUUGCAGUAGUAGCAAUUUUUUUUCUUCACAUGCUAGUCUUGUUUGUAGUGGUAAUAAUAAGUAUAACAAAUGUCAUGGUAAGAUCAUUUAAAUUGAUAUUGAGUUAGCCUGUACGAUUUAUUAUAGAGAAGAAGAAAUCGAUUUAGAAAUUAAACACAGACGAAACAUUUCAAAGCAACAAAUGAAAAAAUAAGAUAAAAUAAAACGCCAACACCAAAAUGUGGAAAUAAUACAAAUCCCAUUAUGGAAUUACUAAAGUGGUUUUUCUGUGCAAUAUUUGAUAUUUUGAAUAGAUUGCUGAUGUAUGUAAAAUGUUUGUAAAAUGUCAAAUCUUUUAUUUCAAAAUGUAUCAUGCUCCCAAUUUUGGUAAGCAUCUCCAUUUUG